AGUUAUGUUCAAUCUGCUUGUAUUCCAAGUAAAGCAAACAUAAUUCCUUAAGUCAGUCUGUCCCAUAAUGUAUAACAGUAUGAGUAGUCUAAGUCACUGUAUUUUGAAGUGCCUGCACCUGUAUGGUGUUAUCCAGUUAUCCAGUGACUGAUCAUGUAUACUUACACAACUUAACUGUUUGUCUAUAGUCAAAAUGUCUUAGUGGUAAUGGUGGCACUGAAGUUUAGAAGUGUAGUCUACAUUCAGUUGGUAAUGGCACAGUAAAAAUGUAAUCGUAAAGAAGAUAAGUCAAGAAGUACAAAUAAAUAAAAACAUCCAUUCCAAGAAGGGUGGAUGCUUGUCAGUAAAUCAGCAGAGAAGACAUGGCUAGUUAAAAAAACAGCUUAUAAUGAAAUAGCAACGUUUUCUGAACUGUAACUAUAUUGGAGUCAGCAGUAAACUGAAAGACAAAUGGUACAAUUUCAAGCAAGACAGAGGGGCAAUCUCAAAAGAUGUCUCUCCUCUGUCUUUGUGUGAUGUCACCAGUGGUAGAACUGUUGUAAUUGACUUGGUGGGGGCGAUGGCGUCAUUUCGUGCACUGGUGUAGCCUCCCGUGCUCGAAAGUAGAAGGGAGUAGCAUCUUUAGCGAGGCGAUCGUGGCUCCCGCGGCCGGGAUGGAGUACCGCCAAGCCGGACACCUCACGUCGGAAAAUAUGGAGGCUGUUGCCGAGGAUCUGCGGGCCGGCUCUCGGAUUCCUGUCACUAUCGAUCAAAUAGUUAACGAUACACUCGUGGUGACACUUACCUAUCAAGAAAGGAGUUACAUGGGGAUAUUACUCGAUUGCAACAAAAAGACUGGCCUUUUCUGUUUACCGGAGGUCACAACGAAACCAGUGGAAUGUCCUGCAUUGAAACCUGGUUGUGAAAUCCCUGAAGUCCUAAGGGAGGAGUCUGUUACUAAACCUCCCAGCAAGGAUUCGCAUCAUAGACCAAAGGAUGAAAACUCACUGCCUGAAAAUUAUCCAGCAGGUGCCCACGUCCCUGUCCCUCUACCCACACCAGUGCCAGCUGGGCAGGCUCCAUACCCUCCUUAUUUUGUAGGCGCUCCCUUCCCUCAGCCCAUAUGGGUUCGUCACAGCUACGGUCAAUGGGUACCGCAGCCCCCACCACGAACAAUCAAGAGGAAGAAGAGGCGCUCCCGGGAGCCUGGGCAGAUGACUGUGAGCACCAUCCGGCUCCGCCCCCGUCAGGUGUUGUGCGAAAAGUGUAAGAACUCUCUGAACAGUGACGAGGACGGCAAGGAUGGCAUGUCUACCGCCAAGGCGUCGAGGAAAGAGAAUGCGCCGCAGAGUGACGAGGACUCCAAAGACAGGUCCAUCAAGGUGGCUACUAAAGACGACGCGGACACUGGAAAGGAUAACAAGAGGCGGGAGAACGGCCCCGCCACCUAUGACAGCAAGCGGCUUCGGAAGGACAAGAAGGACGAUGAGCCAAAGUUCCCUGCGGUUCCGUGCAUUCCCCACAGCCCGGUGAUCAAGAUCUCCUACAGCACUCCGCAGGGCAAGGGUGAAGUCAUGAAGAUCCCAGCUCGGGUCCACGGCUCAGUUAAGCCCUUCUGCCCAAAGCAGCUGAUGUCGAAUGGUCUGGGUGACCACCAGAGCAAGUUGCCUGAGCCCGCCGCUCUAACCCAGAGCCAGGAGCAGCGUCACAUCCUGGAUGCCACCAGGACGGGUCUGACCGUUUCCAUUCCGAAACUCAAGCUUCCCAGGCCCCUGACAACCGGCUUGGACCUGCCCUCCCCCAAGAUCCGCGUGAGGACCCUGGGAGAUGGGGAGGACAGCCUGACGAUGUACGAGGCGGAGCUGCUGGAACAUCCGAGAAGAAAGGGCACAAGGGUUCCCGUUCCCGGUCCGCUGCCACACUCAGAGGACUCUGGAGAAAAGACCCCGAUGGAGCUAUGGUCGGGGAGCUCCGGCGAGGAGGCCGACCGAGGCCACGGUGACCUCACACUCCUCAUCAACUUCCGCAAGAGGAAGGCGGACUCCUCAAGCAUAUCUGUGUGCAGCACCGACAGCCUGGACGAGUCUAAAUCCUUCAGCUCAGACGGCACGUCCCCGGAGCUCUGCGAUCUGGCGCCCGGCGAGCACAUCUCGUCCGUGUCCUCGUCCUCGCGAGACGACAGCAAGACAGUGCCGCCGCUCACAGUUCGCCUGCACACACGCAGCAUGACCAAGUGCGUGACAGAGGAGGGUCACGCGGUGGCCGUGGGGGACGUGGUGUGGGGGAAGAUCCAUGGUUUCCCCUGGUGGCCAGCCAGGGUGCUCAGCAUCAGCGGCAUACGCAAGGAGGAGUCCGUUAACUGCGAGGCCCAAUGGCCAGAGGCAAAGGUGGCUUGGUUCGGCUCGCCCACCACCUCUCAUCUAUCCGUCGCCAAACUAUCCCCCUUCCGGGAGUUCUUCAGGUCGCGCUUCAACCGCAAGAAGAAAGGAAUGUACCGGCGAGCCAUUGUGGAAGCUGCGAAGGCGGUGGGUCACAUGACCCCUGAGAUCACUUCCCUACUCACCUCUCACUGCGAAACGUAGAGUCUGAAGACAGAAGAAUGGUCUUCUCUGUGGCUUCAAGAACCUCUCAGACUUGAGUCAUCUAUCACUGGGAGAAAGAAUGGAAGCCUGUGCAGUUGCCACGAUCGCUAUUUAUACAACUUUCCCCCCCUUGUGGCUGGAGUAAAAUGGCUGCCCAGGUGGACUGUCAUUGACUGAAUAAGGGAGCAAGAAAGGCAUGGAAUGAACUACAAGGAAUAUUUUUUUUUGUUUUGUUUUUGAUUUAACCGUAUUUCAAUAGAACUGAAUCGGAAAACACUACCAAUACGAAUGUAUUUAUUAUCUGUAACUAUUUAUCCAUAACAAUUUAAGUUGACCUUUGUACAAUCCCAUAAGAUCUCCGUACUGCUGCUUUUAUGAACGUCCUUCAGAGUCAGAGGGCCUUGUCUGAUCUGUUCUGUCCCAGUGCCAUCCUUAUUGGAAGCCCAUCAACUCUUUGAACAGACCAGGAAAAUGUACAUCCACAACAUUUCCGGUGAAAAGUCUUACUCUACACUUAUUUUCCAAAAAUGAGAACAUAACAUCAAUUCAUCCAGAGAAAGAGCUGUAGUUUCUUCCAUCUUCCAGAGUUUCAUCCUUGUAGCCUUCUUCAGCAUUGCUAGUUGGAUAUGUCAAUGUAAUGUUAUUUCUACAUUCUUGAAACAUUGAUGUCUCUCUGUCUCUUUCAUUUCAUUUUGGUUUGAAUACCAUAGAAGUGUAGUAUGUAUAGGUUGUCGUUGAGAGAUCCCAGAGUUCAGUUGUACUCACUUUAAUUAUUUAAUGUCAUGUAAAGAAAAGCACUUUAUCUGUACCUUGGUGGCCUGCUGUAGGCUCGUUGUCCUAUCACUAACUGGAGUUGCAGCUCUGAGAGGCAACCUGAGUUCAAAUGUCUCAACGUUGACUAUCCAUGGCCUUGGAGAUGACUUUUUUUUUUUUUUAUUUAAUUUUUGGGACACCAGAGAUUUAACCUUUUUUUCAGGGGUGGUUGUGUACACUGUAUUCUUGCAUUUUGGUCUUGGUGUGUCUUUGUACAUUCUCUUAACUCACCCCAGUUCUAUCCUCAUCAAAUGUUUCCACUGGAGGCAGUGGAUAAGUGUCAAACCCUAUGCAUCAAUUAAAGCUUUAUAGACACCCGGAACUGCUGUAAGAAUACUGUGAAUUCAACUUUUUGAGUGGUAAAGGGGUAUGGGAGGUAGGUGGCUACUCUGGAAGUGUAUUUCUGGCUACAGGUUUUCACACUACAGUCUGGAGUGGGAGGCUCCAGGAUCCACCUUUAUUUACCAUAGAGUUGAAAGCAGCACUGUUGAAAGGAGGGAAAGGGGGAGACAGCAGAAACAGGAACCAUGGGUAGUUCAGGAGGCACCAAAUGGGGGUGGGGGGGGAUGGGCAAAGUCUACCUAGACUUGUUCAGCAUGAAUUGCUCAUUGUUUUUUUUAGUUUUCUGUUGCAAAACGUUUCUGUUGUGAGCCCUGAUGAACACGACCCAGAGCUCCUGUUGCUUUUGUGUUCCAUUUUGAAUCCCUUUGGCUUCGUUUGACUCUUUAGGAGAAGGGGGGGGCUAAUUCUGGUUUAUGAUUAAGAUGGAAGCGGAUGUCAGGAAAUUCCCGUGUUUGAUGAGCAACAUGGCUGUCUGCUCUUGGUCAAUGUUAUUGUCUAUUUUUUUUAUUUUUUAUUUUUUACAUGUACUGUACAUAAAAUAAAAUAUACAGGCAAUA